AUGCAUCUACCCGUUCAUUUACUGCUGAUCCUGGCGCUUGCUCUUCUCGGUGUCGCCCACCCAGAUGAAGAUGAGACACCCAUUAGCGAAGCAAAGAAGCUUGAGAAACGAGCAUACCAUUCCAAUGUCAUCGAAAGUUACAGCGGAUGUGCUAAGAAGCUAGCGGAUUCGGGCGUUAUUGAGCGCGCUGAUCUUCGUCGUCGCAAUACAGUUGAGCGACACCGUCGGGAUCUUGUUGCUCGUCGACAACAGCAAGUUCUCGGACCUCGCCCAGAUGUUAGCGAACUACCCGAUUCACAUUUCCAGCUACCCGAGCAGCUGAGAAAGUCUCAUCUCGUAGCAGGUCCAAAUAUCGGUCCAGAAACCCCAGAGAAUGAGCUUUUCGCUGACAACGGAACUUGUGUUCUCAAUCCCGAAGGCAUGAUCGGCCCCUUCUACGUUAAGGGCGAGCUUAUUCGCUCCGAUAUAACAGAUGGACAGACCGGCGUGCCUAUGAUUAUUGAUGCCCAGUUCAUUGAUGUGGAGACCUGCGAGCCAGUAGAGGGUGUCUGGUGGGAUGUUUGGAGCUGCAAUGCUACGGGCGUCUAUUCUGGUGUGCUGAAACGGGGUAACGGAGACAAAGACGAUACAUCAAACGUCAACGCCACGUUCUUACGCGGUAUUCAACAGACUGACUCCGAGGGUGUGGCACAGUUCCAAACCAUAUUCCCGGGUCAUUAUAGUCACCGCGCCACUCACAUCCAUGUGGUUGCCCAUGUGGGUAACGUUACUCAACUGCCUAAUAACACUAUUACCGGUGGGACUGUAGCGCAUAUUGGGCAGCUUUUCUGGGACCAGGAUCUUGUUUAUGAGGUUGAAGAAACUUAUCCAUAUAACACGAAUACUUUGCCUAUUACGCCUAAUGCUCACGACCGGUUGUUUUUCGAGGAGAUUGACGGGACUACUUCUGACCCUACGUUUAACUUUGUUAAACUUGGAGAUGACAUCGAGGAUGGAAUUUUUGCGUGGGUUUCAAUGGCUGUUAAUGUUUCUGCUAGCUUCGAUCCAAGCUAUAGUUGGAGACUGACCGAUCAUGGUGAUAUACCAGAGUCGGGUGGUGAUAGUCCUAUAUAG